AUGUGGAAAUUUUUUAAAAUUUUACCAUUCUUUCUAAUAAGUAUUUUAAUAAAUAAAGUAAAAAAUGAAAAUAUAGCAUGUUUAUUGUAUUCACAAUGUGAGGCAAGAGCACGAUAUGAGGAACAACUUUGUGUAGGUCAUGAAUGGAGAAAACCAACAUUUUUAAUGCCUUCAUUUCCAACUAUUAUAACAAAUAAAUCUAAAUGUUAUGUAACAUUAAAACCUGAAUUUGAUGCGAUUGAAAGAUUAGAAAAUGAGAUGUAUGAAGAGUAUAAAGAAUGUCUUAAUCAAAAUUUAAAUAAAAAUGAUAUUCUUAGAUAUUGUAAUAGUACUGAUUUUUCAAAUAGAAAUUAUACUAAAACUGUAGAUCCACCUAUAAGUUGUUUUAUUGGAAAAUUAAGAAUUGAACAACAAUGUGGUGAUUUAAAAAUGUGUUGUCCAUCUGUUUCAAAAUGUUCAAGAAAAAGGCGAAAUUCAAAUAUUAUUAAUAAAAUAUUAGAUUUACAUAAACAACUUAAGAGUCAAAUAGCAAUAUGCAAAACUUCUACAAAAAAUAAAAGAAGGCGUCCACAUAAACCAGAUUACAAUAAUCAACUAAAUAAAAAUAAUAAAGGUAGGUUAAAUAUACGUAUUGGAAAUAGUUUACCUGAGUUUGAUGAAAAUGAAUUACUGUCAAAUUUAAAACAAGCUCCAAAAGAGGGUAAAAAAUAUGUUGAAGUUAAAAAUGAUGUAGAAACAAUAAAUGAAAACAAUGUUUUUGGGGAUAGAAAUAAUAAGGAAAGUAAAAUUUUAAAUUUUGUGGAAGAAAAAAAAUUAAUAUCUAAUAAUAUAACAUUAAAUAAUCAUAAAGAUAUUAAAAUUAUUGACAAAAAUGAAAAAGAAUCUUCUUCAUCAAAAAUUUUUGUAAAUAUUACCAAUGAAUCUGAAACAAUUGAUGAUAAAGACAAUGAUGAUUCAUAUAAUAUAACUAAAAAAAUAUUAUGCCCUAAAACAAACGAAGAACUUAUAACAACACAUGUAGUAAAAAACAUAAAUGAUAAUCUAAAAGAUGAGUGGUUUAAUAAAAAAUCAUCAAAUCAGGAAACACAAAAUAUUCAUGAAAAAAAUUUAACCAGUAGUUUACAAAAUAUUGUAAAUAAAACUUAUAAUAGUAAAAUAAAAAUGUCAGAGGAAAAUAAAACAAACAUUGAAGAAAAACUGGAAGAUAAAAAAGUUGUAGAAGAAAAUGAUGUUAUAAAGAAUUCAGAACAAAAAAAAGUUAUGACUGAAAACAAUGUAAAAGAAGAAUCAAAAGAGAAAACAUUUUUAAAAAAAAAUAAUAUUGAAGAAAAUUCUAAACAAAAAGAAGUCAUUAAUGAAAGAAAUUUAGAAAUUGAAAAACACUUAAACAAAAAUUUAUCAAUUGAUAAAGAAGAAAAAGGUGAAGUAAGUAAUCCAUUUUUAUUAUUAUUAAAUAAAUUUCAAAAAAUUCAAUUUCCAAAACUUAAUUUUACAACGGAAUUCCCUCCACAUUUAGAAAUGGUUACAAAAGACACACAUUUAACAUUUGAAAAUGUGACAUCAAAAAAGACAUUACUAAAAAAUGACAAUGUAAACUUUGAACAUUUUGAUAGUAAUAAUAAUGAUAAAAGCUAUGAAAAGCACAAUAAAAUUUACAAAGAAUUAAAAAAAAGUAAUAAUAAUAAUGAAUCAACUGAUAAUUCAAAAAAAAAUGUUAUCAAAAAUACCAUUGAUUAUGAUAAAUUUAUUAAUGAAGAGUUGAUAAACAAAACUUUUAUUGAAGAUAACUAUUUUUCUCAUAAUUCAUCAAAAGAACAAAAAUAUGAAGAUAAUUAUGAAAAAUCAGAAUAUACAAAUAUAAUAAAUAUUGAUAAUAAGAAAGAAGAGCAUAAUAAUAAACAUUCAGAAAAAAAUCAAAAAAAUAUUAAAAGUAAACUUCAUGAAAUUGAUGGAUUAGAUAUAAUGAGAAAAGAAUAUCAAGAUCAUUUACAAAAAAUUAUAACAUUAAAAAAAGAUGAAGAAAAAAAUUCAUUCUUUAAAUUAAAUGGAGCAAGAAAAACAUCACAUGAAGAGAGGAAUGAAGAACUAGUAGAAAUGACAGAAAUAAACAAUAAUGAAGAUAUGUUCAAAAAAAAUAAUGAAAUUAUAUUAAAGGACAACUCAAAGUUGAAACGUAUAGCUGAAAUUGUUAAAAAUUGUAAAUCACGUUAUGCUGGUGCUGUUAAAAUUUUAGAUAAUAAUACAAAACCAUUAUGUUUAAAAAAUUCUUUUAUUAAUUGGAAAAAAACAUUAGAUGAAAGGUUGACAAAAGUAAAGGAAGAUAAAACUAUAAAUAUUGAGGAAUUUAAUAAAUUUUAUAAUACAAUUGAAAAUGAAACAAAUGAAAUUGCUAAAUUAGUUAGUAUUAAUGAAAAUAAUGAAUAUGAUGAAAUUGAUAAUGAUUCAUUAUUUGAUGAUAUAAUAUGUCAACCAUUAACACAUGAUGAUAAUUAUUAUAAUACAAAAACAUUUAUUGAUGAAGAAGAUGAAGAUAUUGUUCAUACAAUUAAUAAUUCUAAUUAUAAAGAAUCAAUAGAAAAAUUUAAAAAAGCUCAUUCAAUUGCAUAUAAUUUUAAAAUACCUAAUGAAACAAGAUUCUUUACAUCCUGUGAUCAUUAUGUAAAGUGUCGUAGUCAUAUUAAUUUACUUCUUGAUAAAUGUUCAUCUUUGAUAUAUGAAAGACCAGUAAUUCCAAGUACUGAAUCUAUUUUACUUUCUAAUUUAAAUAUGUGUGGUGAUUUAAAUACACCACUACUAAAUGAAUUAUAUGGAUUAUAUAUUAAAAGAAAUAUGAAUUUAAGAAGUUGCCUUAAAAAACAUGAUGAUACUGGUGGUAGUACAGAUAUUUGUAGUAUUAAAAGUAAUAAUUUAAUUUCAAUAACAAAAGAAAUUAUUAAUGAUCAAGAAUCACAACUUGAAUUAGGUAAAUGUUUUUCUGAUGUAAAUAAAUUACAAAAUAAAUGUUAUCAAAUGAGUAAAUGUUGUACAGAGUAUGAGGAAUGUCGAAAAAGUAUGAAUAAUAUUAAAGAAGAAAGGAGAAUAAUUUACCUUACAGCUAAAAUUACGGAAAAUAAUCAAAAUUGUUUAGAAAAAUAUGAAAGAAAAUUUUUAAAAUUUAAUAAAUAA